GUUUGACGAACACCCUGUCAUAUCGCAUAAAGCUGAAUUGACUUUACCAGCACGUUCUUUACUCUCUUGCUGAAAAAAGAGGUUUUCUGAAUGAAAAACACCCUCCUCCUGCUCUAUAAAUAGAUUUAUGUCUAUUUAUAAGAUGGAUAAACUGCAAUGUCACUUGAGAACUAGCUCAGAAGAUUUAGAAGAUGGAUCUUGCAAUAUCAGCAAUCACAGAGGAGGAGAAGGUGGAGAGGCUACAACAACUAUUGUUGAGAGUCUGCACGGUCAUGGAGGAGGCAGACGGGCGAUACAUCACAAACUCCUGUAUGCUUAUUCAGUUGAAGACAAUAGCGGCAGCCAUGUACCAAGGCCACCAUGUGUUGGACAACAUCAGAUGCAGGCAACACAAGGAUGGUUUCAAAGAACCGGUGAGCAAGUCAUUUUUCUUGUCUGUUUCCAUUCCUUUCAAACGUCCUCGCACAACUGGCAGUUCUUCCACAAACAAGGCCUUUAACUUGGGGUUAUAUAGUGCACUGCAAAAGCUAGAAGCUGUUGUUGCUAACAUUGUGGAGUUUGUCGUACUUUUGGGUGGAUGCGAGCGGAUCUCUCCUAGACCUUACGACACCUAUCUUCAUGUCGAGAAUUUCAUGUUUGGUCGGCAUGUCGAGAAGCAGCAGAUCACCAGCUUCUUGCUGCAAGACAACAUGCCUGGUCCUCCGGCAGUGCUGCCAAUAGUUGGUAGACGUGGCGUUGGGAAGAAAACUCUUGUUGCACAUGUGUGCAACUAUGAUAGGGUCCGUUCUCACUUCUCUAAGAUUCUUCACCUGAAUGGAGAUGAUAUUUUCAGAAUAACAGACCAUGAAAGGUUGUCAGGGAGGGUAUUGGUUGUCGUCGAGUUUGUUUCUGAUAUAAACGAUGAUGAAUGGACAAAGUUUUAUUCAUCUGUAAGGAGAAUGAAUGGAGGAAGCAAGGUGAUAAUAUUUGGUCGGAACGAAGAGUUGAAGAGAUUUGGAACCACCAGACCAGUUUCUCUUAACUGCCUGCCAUUUGCGGAGUACAGGUACCUGUUGAGGACACUCGCAUUCGGAAGUGCAAACCCGAUAGAUCAUCCGCAAUUAUUGUCAAUAGUGGAAGAGUUUGCCAUGGUGUUGGACGGGUCACUCAUUCCAGGAAACUUGAUUGCGCACGCAAUGAGAAAGAAUCAAAAUGCCCGUUUCUGGCUUUUGAAAUUGAACGGUCUCAAAACUACAAUUGAGAUGAGCAAGUCCAGAUUUGGCGUCCAUCCAAAUGUGCUUUUCGACAGAGGCCAUCCAGUACAACUGAAAGGUCACUACCUUUUGUCUGCCCCGUCAUGCCUUGUACCGUCAGAUAGCGCUCCGAGUAACAUUCCCAGAAAGGAUCUACCGAACAUGAAGUUUGGGGAAGAACCUGGUCAUAUUAUUCCACCGAAGGAAGAUUUUAAGCUAAUUUCAUGGGAGUCGAGGCUACCGCCCUACACUUCGUUUGUUCACCAGGUUCAAUUUGCUCCAAGUUGUGUGGGUGAAAAGAAGCCUGGGGCUCCCUUGUCAGGGAAGAAACGUCGAGGUCUAUUUGGGUGUUCUUGUGAUGAUAGUGUAAUAACAAACAUACCAAAUUGAUCACAUUGUUGAAACAAGAGUAAAUUUUAAAAAACCACACUUUUCUCAUGUGGUGUGGAGGAGGAAGCAAAGACUAACCUUGUAUUGCUGCUAUUGUGUGUGGCGGCUGUGUUCUGGAGAGCCAACGGGAGCUCCUCCAGGAAAGCCUUAAAUAGUUAGUUCAUAGCCACCAUGAGCUGUAUGGGCCACAUGGGCUGGGCUGAUUAAGUAAUAAAGAAGUCUAGUAACAUAUCCAACACUCUCUCUCAAGAUGGGUGAUAGAUAUCUAUCAUUCCCAUCUUGUUGCAAGCCAAAUUGCAUUCUCUUGUCCUCAAGCCUUUAGUUAAGCAAUCUGCCACUUGUUGUCCUGAACUCACAUAAUCCAGCUUUAUGAUUUCAGCA